GGAGGGACGGUGUCCUCCAAAGGAAAGGGCCCUCUUCAUCCUGCCUUAGAAACCCUCCCGAGAGGGAAGCUGGAGGAGGCUGCUGAAUCAGGAGCUGAAACAGAGUUUUGCAGGCUCUGGUACCCUCCCUCAUUUGGCCACCCUUUGCCUUCAGACAACAUCCAACAGAAGAGGGAUCCUUCGGCCAUGUUGGAAGCUGCUUUGGUUCAUGAAUCAAAGGUGGAAGAGCCAGACUUGCUGGCCUGAUGGCAGGGAGACGCCCUGAUGCCAUGGAGGAUGCAAACAGCAGAGAAUCCUGGAAAAGGAUGGUGCUGGGAAAGGAGGACACCCUCAGCUCGGCUGUGCAGCACCAGUGCUUUAGGGAGCUCCCCUACCAAGAGGCCAAGGGCCCCCAAGAGGUUUGCAGCCAACUCCACCAUCUUUGCUGUCAGUGGCUGAAGCCGGAGCGAUGCACAAAAAGUCAGAUGCUGGAUCUGGUGAUCUUGGAGCAGUUCUUGGCUGUCCUUCCAGCGGAGAUGGCGAGUUGGGUGAGGGAAUGUGGAGCGGAGACCAGUUCCCAGGCGGUGGCCCUGGCCGAAGGUUUCCUUCUGAGCCAGGCAGAGGACAAGAAUCAGGAAGAGCAGCAGGCCCUGUUUGCAGAAGUGGCCACUGAUAUCCCUUUUGCAGAAAAGGCUCCACAGAUGCUGGAAAUACCAUCUCUUCCUUGUGCAGGAGGGGAAACAGCUUCUGGGCAACUGGAUCAGGAUCUGGUGGCGUUUGAGGAGGUGGCUGUGGAUUUCAUUAAGGAGGAGUGGAGCCUGCUAGAUCCAGAUGAAAGGGCCCUGCACAGGGAAGUCAUGGAAGAGAAUCGUGAGAUUGUGGCUAUUGUGGGAGAUGAAAGACCCAGAUAUAGAGAGGGGGGAAUACAGAGAGCAAAACAGAAGAGGAGGGACACAUCCUGUUCCACCCACGAUAGUGAUGACCCUGAAACCCCAAUCCAAGAGAAAAUGGAAAGGAUCCAGUGCCCUGCAUGUGGGGACAGCUUCAUCAGUAAAUCAGGCCUUGAUCUUCAUAAGAGAAGUCAUCUUGGGUGGAAACUGUUGGAAUGCUUUAGGUGUAGACAGAGCUUUUCUAAGUAUUCAUUCCUUAAAAAACAUCUCAGAAUUCACCCAAGGGAGAAAACAUAUAAAUGCUCAGAGUGUGGAAAAAGAUUUAGUCAGCACAUACUCCUUACAUCACAUCAAAGAAAUCAUGCAGAGGAGAAGCCACAUAAACACUUGGAGUAUGAGAACUUCAGUCAGAGAUCAGCCCUCAACAAACAUCACAUUUUUCACACACGGGGGAAACCAUAUAAAUGCUUAGAGUGUGGAAACACCUUCAGUAAGAUUUCAGAUCUCAGCAGACAUCAAAGUAUUCACUCAGGGAAGAAGCCAUAUAAAUGUUUGGAGUUUGGAAGAAGCUUCAGUCAGAUAUCAACCCUCAACAGACAUCAAAGAAUUCACAUGGGAGGAAAGCCAUAUGAAUGCUUGGAAUGUGGAAAGAGCUUCAACAGGAGUACCCACCUUAGCUGCCAUCAAAGAAUUCACACAGGGGAAAAGCCAUAUAGAUGCUUGGAAUGUGGAAAGAGGUUCAACAGGAGUACCCACCUUAGUUGCCAUCAAAGAAUUCACACAGGGGAAAAGCCAUAUAGAUGCUUGGAAUGUGGAAAGAGGUUCAACAGGAGUACCCACCUUAGUUGCCAUCAAAGAAUUCACACAGGGGAAAAGCCAUAUAAAUGCUUGGAAUGUGGAAAGAGCUUCAGCAGGAGUACCCACCUUAAUUGCCAUCAAAGAAUUCACACAGGGGAAAAGCCAUAUAAAUGCUUGGAAUGUGGAAAGAGCUUCAAUACAAGCUCCAGCCUUAGUCGCCAUCAAAGAAUUCACAUAGGAGGAAAGUCGUAUGAAUGCUUGGAAUGUGGAAAGAGCUACAACGGGUACCCACCUUAGUUGCCAUCAAAGAAUUCACAUAGGGGAAAAGCCAUAUAAAUGCUUGGAAUGUGGAAAGAGCUUCAACAGGAGUACCCACCUUAGUCGCCACCAAAGAAUUCACACAGGGGAAAAGCCAUAUAAAUGCUUGGAAUGUGGAAAGAGCUUCAGUGCAAGCUCCAGCCUUAGUCGCCAUCAAAGAAUCCACACGGGUGAAAAACCAUUAGAAUGUCUGGAGUGUGGAAAAAGCUUCACUAAGAGUGCCCACUUUAAAGGCCAUCAAAGAAUUCACAUGGGGAAAAGCAGCAUGAAUUCUUAGAGUGUGGAAAGCGCUUGACAUUGAGGAAAAGCCUAAUUUCUCAUCAAAGAAUCCACACGAGGAGAAACCAUAUAAAUGCCUGGUGUGUGGAAAGAUCUUGAGGUAGAGAUCAACCCUUGAUAAACAUCAAAGGACUCACAGGAAUCCUGUUUGUUAAUGGUUGUUUUGUAGUUUUAUGAUUUUAUUACAAUUUGUUGUAAUCAUCUACCAGGCCAUGUUCAAAGUCUCUUUAUCAUAUUAAGCCCUGAAGAACUUGGGAUCAGGUUAUGUGAAAGACACCUGCCUCUAUACAGACCUGUAAGAUCACUUAGAUCAUCUGGCACAAUUCUACUCAUGGUACCAUGGCCUACAGAGUAUCAUAGGAUGCUGAGCUGAAGACAAGCAUAUUUUUUUAAUUGUCCCUAUGCUAUAGAAUGCCCUUCCCUCUGCCGUCUAUUUCUUCAGACGUCUUGAAAAGAUAUAUCUUUUUGCCUAGGCUUUCCCUGGCCCAUGAAGCUGAUCCCUCUGUGUGUUUAACCAGGAUACUGGUUAAAUAAAAUACUGGUUAAAAUAAAAAUAAUCCUCUAAUAUGACAAACAAAUUUCUACACCAUUGGAUGGUGUCAGUCUCUCACAGUACUAUAACCAUGAAGGGAUAAACAGGGAAAAGAGAGAGAGAUUUUAGACUUUAGCUUUAAAACACCCCAAAAUUUCAUCUGGGUUUAUAUUAACUUUUAACCAGAGCUUGGAAAAGUUACUUUUUUUGAACUACAACUCCCAUCACCCCAAUCCAGUGGCCAUGCUGGCUGGGGCUGAUGGGAGUUGUAGUUUAAAAAAGUAACUUUUCCAAGCUCUGCUUUUAACUAUAUAUUAAUGAAUUGUGAUUUACCAAACAGCAUUCUGGGAGAUAUAUCUCAACGAGGUUUAAUAUAAAGGGACACAGUUGGGUAAUUAACAGACAACAGGGGAAGCCACCAGUCACGUCAGCCUUCAAGUGCCCCAUUCAUAUUUUAGAUCCCCUCCCUUCACUCCCUUUUCUACAAGUUUGUAAUUGGGAUGCUUUUCCAUGAACUGCCACUUCCAAGUUUAAUCAGACAGAAACCUGGGUAACCCCUAACUCUGAGGAAACAGGUAAAAUCAAAAGACAUCCAAAGAUAUCAAUGUAUCAAAGUAAUAUUAUAUAUAUUUUUUAAAAAUUGUUAAAUAAAAGUACUAUCCAGAUG